CACAUCAAGAAGCUUGCUUGCUGGAUUCAUCAUUCAUUCGGAAGACCCAAAUUUCUCUGCAAGAUCAAUGACAGUUACUUAUAAAAGACUUCGCAAAAAUUUCGGAGACCACUUUUCUCUCAUAAAUUGGGAAAGAAGCCACGUCCAUCGUACGUUGUCUUGAGGUUUUAUUUGCAAGAACCAACACUACCAAAGUACCUUUCCGGUUGGAGGCAGCGCACCAAUUCUACUUGGAAGCAUAUAUCUUUUUCAGCUAGCUAGAACGCAAAAAUGAAGGUCUCCACAUGGAUGCUAGUACUCUGUCUCUUGCUCGGCCUGGCCACUCUGGACACCGUAAUGGCUCAGGGCGGAAAGAACGACAAGGGUGACAAAGGAAAAGACAAGGACGACGAAGACGAAGACAUGGAUGAAGACGAAGACGAAGUCGAAGCUGCUGUCGAAUUCGAAGGCGAAGUUGUUGUAGAAAUGGACAACUCGACAAUGACAGAAGAUUUGGAAACGCUCAAUGACCUCGGUUGUCCCGGCUUGGACUUUGAUGCUGAUUGCGAGGCUUGCUUGGAAGCUGGCUGCGUUAUGACCGUAGGCGACUGCUUGGCGGACUGCAGCGUCAUGGACGUUGCUUGCUGGGAUAUGCAGUACCAUCCAAACAAAACGGCGGCCGAUGUUUGUCUCAUCAUGACACAACAGGAAGCCGAUGCGGCGAUUUGUGGCGAUCCCGAAGUGCAAACUUGCGAAACUUGUACCUCCACUGUGAGAUCCGAUGGCGAAUCAACUUGUGGUUGGUACGAAAAUUAUUGUGGUACAGGUGAUGCGUGUGACUUCCAAGGAACUUGUCCAAUGGAUACAUGUGAGCCAGAGACAAUGCCCGAGGAGGAGGAAGAACCAGCACCUGAGGAGGAGGAGGAGGAAGAAGAAGAGCCAGCACCAGAAAUGGAAGAACCCGAGACAGAGCCUGAGGAACCAGAACCUGAAAUGGAAGAAACAGAGCCGGAAGAGGAAACUGAGACCGAACCAGAGGCUGAGGAGGUUGCUGAACUUGAGACUCAAGAAACACCAGCACCAACCGAAGUUGAUGAAAUGGAUGAAAUUGCCGAUGAAAUGCCCGCUACUGCUACUGUGCAACCAUCCGUGGUGGAUGUCCACCCUUGCAACAAUCUUCCUGGCUGUGAACAGUGUCUCAAUUCCCGCAUUGAGUGCGCUUGGAUCGCCGAUUCUUGCGAACCAAGCUGUGAUGUCAUUGCGGAUGCGGCCUGUUACCAUCCGAGCAACUUUGCCAACCUCACGGGACCCGAGAUUUGCGCCAUUGCCAACACUACCGAGGAAGUGCCCUUUGAUGGCCAAACUGGCGGCCCCUGCACGGGAUUCCAAUCUUGCGAACCAUGCCUCAAUAGCCGUAUUGAUUGUGCCUGGGUGUCGGGUACUUGCCUUACUCCGGCGUCUUGCCAAGUCAUCCAGGAUGAGACCUGUUACCAUCCAUCCCAGCCGGAGUUUUUGAACAUGACUGGGCCGGAAAUCUGUGCUGCCUCAGAAGUCGAUGCCACCGACCUUGAAGUCAACCGAGCAGCAAGCGACGAGACAACGAAUGGUGCCACAAGUGACGCUGCGGACGGUUCCUUUCUACAGACGGUCGUUACUCUCCUGGCUUUUUCAGCUCUGCUUUCCAUGAAGCAGUUUCUGUACUAGUUGAGCUAGUUGUUGUCAGAUUUGCUUGCGGCAGGCCAGCCCGCGUUUAUAUUAUUUAGCAUUCAUGCAUAAUCAACCAAGCCAUUCAUAAUCCAAGGAAAAUCGUAAUGGGAAAGGAAUAAGACCAUAAUAAAAUAAAUUUAAAACUCAUGUAUUAGAGGAGCAUCUAUUCGACGAACAGGAGGCUCAUUAAUAGAUCUAUGCAUCAUGCACCCA